AUGGCCAGCGAAAUAGGAGCCGGCUUGGGCGCGCCGCCGCCGUCGAGCAUCAGCAGCAGUGGCGCACCAGCCGGUCUCGUGGUGGCAUGCGUCUUCAACGACGCGCUGCAUCAGGUUCAGGUGGCCAUCUUGCCUGCGGCGCUGGUCCUCAAGAUUCAGGACGACGUCACGGGCGAGGAAUGGACUGGCUCGUUUACAACCGCCUACGUGGAGGACAUGACGGCCCGCACGGGCAAUUUCAAAUCCUUCACGACUUUUACUGCCAUGCUCACGCGCAGCCUCUCUCACCCGACUCCUCAGCUUCAGCUACACUGGCUGACGUAUCGCGCCCUGCAGCGCCUUCGCUCCCAGCCCGCGCCCAGUGAGCCUGAGCUGGCCUCUUUUGAAAGCAGCCAAGGGCUCGACGCUGCCGAUCCCACGGCCUCGCGCCGCUAUUUGAUUUUAACCUACACAUCUGAGUUUGAUCGCACCCACUACCCGCUCCCCCUCGAGUGUGCUGCCCCACCCACAGUCGGUGCCCUGGCCGCCCGGUUGCGCCACUUGCACCAUGAUAAUCAGCAACUACGCCAAGCCCUGGACGCAGCCCGUUCACAGCCGACGCCGCCUCCCACUGAGCACCCUGAUGCACCGGCCAACAAGGGCGCCUCUAAAGACUCCCCGCUGACUGCCAUUGUCGAGGCCCAAAUGCAAGAAAUCGAUGAACUGCGCCAGAUCAUCUCACAGCAGCGCACAGAUCUGGAAGCACUUCAUCAGACCGUAGCCCAGCGUCCGCGGGGCCCUUCAGCGCAGGAUCUAGACAUGCUCCGCACGAUGAUUUCUCAGCUCGAGCAUGAUCUACUCGAGCAGAAGAAUCGCCACCAGAGCCUGGUCGCCGGCAAGAACACCCAAUUACAGCGACUCCGCGCAGAGCUUGAAGCCGUCUCUGCCAAUGAACGGGCUCUCCAACUCAAGUGCCGCAACCUCAGUGCCCAGCUGCACGCCCGCUCUGCUUCAACGCCGCAACGCCGCUCCAACCCCGUUGGGUCCACCGGCAAAGCGCCCGCAUCUGGCCCUCGUCCUCGUGCUGCUGCUGUUGAGGAGCGCCGAGCUUCUGCCUCGCGCAGUCGCUCCGCAUCGCGCCCUGCAAACACACGCCAAGCCGCCUCAACCGAGCCGCGGGGACGAGAUCGCAGUCGCAGUCGAAGCGUGUCCGUGCAUGAUCGUGCAGUCAGCCGCACCGGUGCGGCGCGACAGAGCACACCCUCGCGUCGCACUCGCUCCGCCUCGCCUCGCCCCCGCUUUGACCCCACCGCAUAUGUUAAGGAGCGGCAGGCUAAAAUCGAGGUAAGACUCUUGGCGCCAAUGGCACCUGGCAUGGCAAUGCACACCUGUGUUAGUUUGAUGCGCUUGCAACGACCGCGCUGCUUCAAGCGCCGAGAGCAAGGUAUGAGACCCACGCACGACAAGGCUCGGCUUUCUGUCAAUUACGCUUUCAUGGGUAGCAUUUUUUUUCAUUUGGGUAUUUGA